CAGUAUGGCGGCUCGGGACCACAGCGGCUGAGGGGCCGUUUGUGUCGGGAAUCCGUGUCCAUCUUGCUCGGGAGCUGGGGCGACGGUCUUGCCUGUCUCGCUAGUAUCGAGCGGCGAGAACAAAGCCGCGAUGGCGCCCGAAACUGCAGGACUGUGAGGUCUCAGAACGAGAGCCAGCAGGCCGGGCAGAGCAACAGAACCAGGUUGCGGACGAACCGAGCUGCCGCCAUGGAGCUGAGGGUUGGGAACCGGUACCGGCUGGGCCGGAAGAUCGGGAGCGGCUCCUUCGGGGAUAUCUACCUGGGAACUGAUAUUGCUGCCGGAGAAGAGGUUGCAAUAAAGUUGGAAUGUGUGAAAACCAAACAUCCUCAGCUCCACAUCGAGAGUAAAAUCUACAAAAUGAUGCAGGGUGGAGUGGGUAUUCCCACAAUUAAGUGGUGUGGAGCUGAAGGGGACUACAAUGUUAUGGUGAUGGAGUUGUUGGGACCGAGUCUUGAAGAUCUCUUCAAUUUUUGUUCAAGGAAAUUUAGUCUCAAGACAGUCCUAUUACUUGCUGACCAAAUGAUUAGUCGAAUUGAAUAUAUUCACUCUAAGAACUUCAUCCACCGAGAUGUGAAGCCAGAUAAUUUCUUAAUGGGCCUGGGGAAGAAAGGCAAUCUUGUCUACAUAAUAGACUUUGGACUAGCAAAGAAGUAUCGAGAUGCUCGAACUCACCAACAUAUUCCAUAUCGUGAAAAUAAAAACCUAACAGGAACUGCCCGUUACGCGUCCAUCAACACUCAUCUUGGGAUUGAGCAAUCUCGCAGAGAUGACUUGGAGUCCUUGGGCUAUGUACUGAUGUAUUUUAACCUGGGCUCCCUCCCCUGGCAGGGACUGAAAGCAGCAACAAAGAGGCAGAAAUACGAACGUAUCAGUGAAAAGAAAAUGUCUACACCCAUUGAGGUUUUGUGUAAAGGAUAUCCUUCUGAAUUUGCCACAUACUUGAAUUUCUGCCGUUCUUUGCGCUUCGAUGACAAGCCGGAUUAUUCCUAUCUAAGGCAAUUAUUCAGAAACCUCUUUCAUCGGCAAGGAUUCUCCUAUGACUAUGUAUUUGACUGGAACAUGCUGAAAUUUGGUGCAAGUAGAGCAGCUGAAGAUGCUGAACGGGAAAGGCGAGAACGAGAGGAAAGAUUAAGACAUACACGAAAUUCAGCUGUACGUGGAUUACCUUCCACUGCUUCUGGCAGGCUUAGAGGAACACAAGAUGUAGCUCCUCCUACACCUCUUACCCCAACUUCACAUGCUGCCACCACCUCUCCUCGGCAAGUAUCUGGUAUGGAACGAGAAAGGAAAGUGAGUAUGAGGUUGCAUCGUGGUGCCCCAGUCAAUAUCUCCUCAUCUGAUUUAACAGGCCGACAAGAUACAUCUCGCAUGUCAACUUCGCAGAAUAGCAUUCCUUUCGAACACCAUGGCAAGUAGCUGCUCGUCUCCUUUCGUUGGAAGGCAGCACUGGAUUCCUGCUCGGGUUACUACCAGUGUUCUCCAGUCUGCUGUGCACCGAUGAAAAUUAUUUUGCCAUGGAGGGCAGAUAAUGCAUGGCUGAUCUCCCACGUUACCAAUGGCUUUACUAGCAAAUACACCCUAAACUAGAGUGGAAAUUGGAGUUCUCCAUGUGACCUAAAAGGCGCUUGGAGGAACAUGCAGAGACUUCAGCAGCUGCCAUUACAGGACGCUUUUGCCAGAAACCCAAUGACCUUAAGAGAACCCUGUGGUAACAGGGCUGGAAAAGAAAGAUGGUUUACAGAGUUCACCGCCUGUUACUGGAUGGCCAUUUCAGUUUUCCCUCCACAGGCGGCAGACUUUACUCUCUUUUUAUUAUUCUAUUAUAACUAUAAAUCUUUUACUUGGUUUAAGAAAGUUUUUUGUAUAAUUUUGCUAAAAUUAUUGGCUUACUUCUCUGUAAAGAACUCUUGCUUUUGUCUGAUUUAAAAAUGUAGAAUAUAAACAAACCUGAACUAAAGACAGUGACUUGAAAUUUCUUGUUUAAAAGGUUAGUCUGCCAGGGAACAUGUAAAUGAAUCAAAACCAUCUGAUGUUAUUUAAAUUGUUUACUUUCAUGUAUCGUCCCAUUCUGAGUUGGUUUUCUCAUGAAGUUUUAAAACUGUUUAUUUGACUGCUCACUGUCUUCAUUCACACUGGACAUUUAACUUUCUGUGUAGCACAAAGAAAUUUUUAACACUCAUUGUGUUUCAUAGAAGAGGAUAACUAAAUACCGUGCAGGAGAGUCUUAAGUAUAGUAGAGAUCGUAAUGAUGAAUUUCUUUUUUGUAAAGAGCAUGAACGACAAAGUGAAAGACUGACAUUUGAGGGAUUUAGAAUUAGAAAGCUUGUUCAGUCUCUCUGCUUAGUUUGGGUGAAUGGAUACUUUCAAACAUUGUUUUUACUGGGAAGAUUUUGUUUCCUCUUCUCUGAGGCUGGUUAGCUUGGAGGCUAUUACAAGUGCAAAACAGACAUAGCUGCUGAGUCUUCUGUGAAUUUGCUUGUUUCAUUCAGUAUCCACAUGUUUAUAAAUAAAUACAUUGAUUUAGACCUUCUGUUACAUACCAAGACUCAAAAAGGAAUUCUUAAACAAAACACCCCGCAAAAAAUAAUAACCUAUUCUUGCAGUAAAAUCCUGAGAAUUUUUACAAUUCAGAUGCGUAUCUAUUUAAGUCUUAAAUAUAUUCAACCUGCAUAUGCCCAGAGUUAUUAUCUAGGCGUGAAUGACUUAACAUGCUCAGGUUGUUGCAGGUGUUGUUGGCUCCUGUUGGUUAUGAAAUCUGGGAAAUUGUUCAUAUUGUCUGUUACUAUACACAGUCUCAUAAAAGUACGUGUUCUGUCCUUACAGUACUUGGAACAGUACCAGAACUAUUAUGACUGAAAUUGCUGGAAAUGAAAGUAUGUACAGAGAUUUUGUUUGAACAGUUAGGUAUUUUGAGAAAUUCAUCCCUGCCUGGAGACAAGUUUAAAAGGUGUAUUGGUCUUCAGAUUUUUAUGGAGAGCAGUUUUUUUAUUUUUUGGGUGUUUACAAAUUAUUUUUUGCCCCUCUCAAAAGUCCAUGUACUAAAUAUUAUCAUUCUUCUUUGACUGCUUCCAUAACAUUAGCUAUUUGCUUGUGUGUAUUCUGGGUCAGACUGGGGAAAUAUGUGUUUGGGGAGAGUAUAGUGGAAAAGCUUGAGAAUUUGAUUGAUCGAUAAGUUUGCAUAAGAGAAUUAUUUCCUCAGUUACUAUAAACUGGUAUUUUAGGCAUGUGCACUACCAUUUGAGCAGUUUUACACUUCACUGUGCUUUCCUUGUAAAUAUAUGUGGUUAAUAGUGUAAUGUUUGAGAGACUUACAAAAGCAGCCUUUUUAUUUCUUAUGUAUCUGGACCAUUAGAUUGCUGUACUAUACUUAAGAGUUGACUGCAGACUUCAAGAAUUGUACUCACUUGUGGGCAGUUUUUGUCCUCAUAAUAGUUAAAUUCCAUCAUGCAGAAAAUAGUUAGACUGUCUAUAUAAACCUGUGUAUAAACCAGUAUCUCAAAUCACUUCAUUUGUACUACCACUGUAUUUGUGUACUUAAACAGUUGUGUAAAUACAUUCAUAAUAACUUCUGUUCUUCUUUGGUGUAACUUACUGACUUGCGAUGAGUCCUUACCCUUUACCUGAUGCAACCUUUUUUUUUUUUUUUUUUUUUUUUGCUUCUUUUUUUUCUUUUUCCUUUUUUCUUUCUUUUUUCAAGGGGUUUCUGUACCUACAGAAACAGUCGGUUUGUCAGUUGCAAACAUUUGAAGAUACUGUCUUGUUACCAAAACUUUCAGUGAAAGAGUUUGGUAGUCAUGAUCCUGGGGUAUACAGGAAGAAAGAGAAAGCAUUAAUUGCUUUGCUCACAGAAAGCAUGUAUUUUUGUCAGUUUAAAGGUAAAUGUUUUUGUUUGGAUGCUUCUUUUUUUUUUCCAGAAGUUUUUCAUUUUGUAUAAAUGCUUUUGCUUAUCAAGUAAUGCAUGGUGUUGAUAAGGAAGUAUAGUAAUGGAAUUGAGAUUGGAUCAAUUAUGGAAAUUAAGAUAAAAGCAAGAAUAAUAGCGAGCUGUACUUAAGGUGGUACCCUGUAUAAUUAAAUUCUGGAUUUUGCUAUGUGAUUCUCAUAUAAUUAUGUCUAUUAUAAUCUGAGAUGCAUCUUCAGGACCCUCCUGUAUUUUCUUAUUAGCAGGCCUUUAAAAGUCGGAAGGAUAUUUUAAUUUCUUCUCAUGGUUUUAAGUUAGAACUGUGUAUAUGCUUUUAUAUGGAAAAUACCACCUGUGCUGCUCCUUUACAUAAUCUUGAAUGCUUACAGAGUCCUUGAGUUUUUUAUGGUACAAGUACUUAA